UCCUCCUCCUCCUCCUCCUCCUCCUUGCAGCUUGUCUCAUCCUUUUCCUCCUCCUCCUCCUUCUGAGGAAAUGUGAUUAUAGGCUGAGAAUUUUGGAGUAGAGCCUGUUGACGGACUUCUUUCCCUUGAAUGAAGAGGGAGGAAAGACAUCUUGGAUACGGUUUGGUUCUUCAUCAGAGUGGUUCCAACAUGGAGAAACCCAACUCACCUGGACCUGAAGCAGGCAGGACUCCUGAGAGCAGUGGGGAAUCCGCGGAAAGUACUACGCAGACGUUCAUGAAUAUGCACACACACCACAAGCGCUUCAGGCAGUCCUCCUACCAAGAGGGCGAGGGACCCAGAGAGGUUUGCAGCCACUUCCACGAUCUCUGCCGCCAGUGGCUGAAGCCAGAGCAACACACCAAGGCUGAGAUGCUGGACCUGGUGAUCCUGGAGCAGUUCCUGAGCCUCCUGCCCCCAGAGAUGGGGAGCUGGGUCCGAGAGUGUGGGGCAGAGACCUGUUCCCAGGCGGUGGCCCUGGCAGAAGGCUUCCUCCUGAGUCGGGCAGAGGACAAGAGGCGGGAAGAACAGGCCCAAAACAACUGUAUUGAAGUCCAGUCUAAUUUCCCUGCAUCAGAGAAAUGUCAAUCGGUCACCAUCCAGAGUCUCAGGCAGAAAGAGCUGAAGCAGAAAGAAGAUGGAGCUGCAGCAUUGCAGGGGGCUGGAACGAUGUUGUUGCUGAAUCCUCAGUCAUUUCUUCCCCUUUGUGAUGGAGUGGAACUGAAUCAGGUAAGCAGAAGGAUUCCUGGGAGAGGAGGACUGGAACUGCCUGGGUAUCAUUUAUUCCAAGCACAAUCAUCAAACAUCUAUUGAAACAGAAAACAGUUU